UUUUACACUUGGGAUGCAUUAAUGCUUGAACUGGCAAAACAUUUACACACAGUACACACAGUAGCAGCUAUGGGGAGUGAUAACAAUUCGGCGGAAGGGAUGGCAAUCGACGACGACAAGGAGGAGGCGGUGCCACCGUCUGAGCCACCGCAACAGAUGUUACCUAAAAUUCCCGACACUGACUUAACAAACGAAAGAGAGCUGAAGAAAUUGAAGCUUGCCGAGGUAGAAGAUAAAGAAGAAGACGAGAGCAGAAAAGUAGCUAUAGCUGCUCUCCCCUUAGCCAUGGCUGCUCCAACAAGCAGUGAUGACGAGGAGACCAUUGAGGAGAAUCCGCACCCUAUUGGUAAACUUGUUAGGGUUUCUGGAAAAGGAACAGGCAGGAGGAAGCAUUACAAAUCUUUUGGAUAUGAUGGAAAUCGGUAUGAUCUGGAGGAUCCUGUGCUCUUAGCUCCUUAUGAACCAAAUCAGAAACCUGACCUGGCCAUAAUUAAGGACAUAACUCAAACAAAAGGUGGGAGGAUGAUGGUAAUUGGGCAAAGAUUUUAUCGUCCUGGAGAGGCAGAAAAGAAAGAUGGUGGAUUUUGGCAAUCCAAUAAUACAAGAGAGCUGUUUUACAGCUUUCAUAAGGAUGAGUUUCCGGCAGAGUCUGUCAUGCACAGAUUUGUGGUGCAUUUUAUACCUCCAAAAAUGCAGAUCCCACCCAGAACAGAGCAGCCUGGUUUCAUUGUGCAAAAGGUGUAUUUAACUAAACGAAAACUGCUCUUCAAGCUUCAAGAUGCUGGAGCCAAUAAAGAAGAAGAGAUUGAUCUCCUUGUUCAGAAGACAAAAUCACGGCUAGGAAAUCUGCCUAACAUUCAGCCUAAGGAUGCUGUUGCUCAUUAGGGACAUCUAUGCUUUUUUUUUUUUGUCAAAACGAUAACAUUUGUAUUGAUUUAAAACUUGAUAAUACAAGUAUGCUUUACAAAAGGGGCUAGCUGUCCUCACAAUCAUUUCUUGCUAGAUCUUUAAUCCAGCUUGGGAAAUUUGAUUCCCAAUAUACAUCAUUAACUAGCUUCAAGGCAAA